GAUAGAGAGAAAGUAAGAGAGAGAGAGAGAGGGAGAGAGAGAGAGAGAGAGAGUUAUUGAUGGAGCGCAAGGGGGAGAGGAAGCCUCUCCUAGGCUGCAGGCUGGACGACCACCCCAGGUCUGCCUCAGCCUUCACGGGCCGUAAGCUGGCCUGCGGAGCCAUCUUGUCGGUGGAAGCCCUGGAGCGUCUGGCCUUCUACGCGGUGGUGGGCAACCUGGUCCUCUACCUCAACGGGUCGGCCUUCGGCUGGGGUGGCCCGAGGGCCACCAGCACCAGCCUGGUCUUCACCGGGGCGGCCUACCUGGUCUCGCCCUUCGGAGGCUGGCUGGCCGAUGCCCAGCUGGGCCGCUUCCGCACCAUUGCGGCCGGCCUGCUCCUCUACCUGGCCGGGAUGCUGGUCCUGCCCCUCACGGCCGAGCCCAGGACCCGGGCUCUGCUCUGCGGCAACCAGACGGGCGGCAAGGCCGGGGGGGAUGAUUACUGCCGGGGCUGGGUCUACGCCGGGCUGGUGGUCACAGGGCUGGCGGUGGGCUGCGUCAAGUCCAACAUCACCCCCUUCGGGGCGGAUCAGGUGACUGACCGGGGACCUGAAGCCAUCAGGCAGUUCUUCAACUGGUUCUACUGGUCCAUAAACAUUGGUGCCAUCCUGUCCCUCUUCCUCGUGUCCUACAUCCAGCAAAACAUCGACUUCUUCAUCGGCUACAUCAUCCCCGUCAUCUGCCUGGUGCUGAGCCUCCUGAUCUUCCUCCUGGCGGGUCCUGCCUUUGUUACCAAACCGCCUGAUGGCAGUGCCUUCACUGGCAUGACCCGCAUGCUCUUCCGCUCCUGCUGCCCAUGGACAGCUACAUCGUCCAGAUCCCCUUACAGCGAUCUCUCGGAGGAGACCUUGUUCAGCAAUGGCAGACACCCCUCGGACACCACUCGAGAAAACAUAAAGGUCCUCAAGAGGGUCAUUCCAGUCUUCCUGACGUUGAUCCCCUACUGGAUGGUAUACUUCCAGAUGGAAAGCACAUACGUGUUACAGAGCUUACACCUCCAGCUCCCGUCAUUGUUCGGCAACCGCUCUCAAAGAAAUGGGACAGGUCAUCAACAGACGUUUCCCACGGCUUGGCUGACUAUGUUUGAUGCAGUGAUGCUCCUGAUCCUGAUCCCCCUGAAGGACAAAGUGAUUGACCCCUUCCUGGUGAAGAGGAACCUCUUACCCACGCCGCUGACCCGUAUCAGCCUGGGAAUGCUCUUCGCCAUGCUGUCCGCCAUUGCUGCAGGUCUCCUGGAAAGCCAGCGUCUGACGCACAUACACAACAACAACACAGUGAGUCAGCAGGUCGGGAAUACAACAUUCACUGCAGCUCGUCUCGCUGUGUGGUGGCAGGUACCUCAGUAUCUGCUGAUCGGGAUCAGCGAGAUAUUUGCCAGCAUCCCAGGUCUGGAGUUUGCCUACUCAGAGGCCCCUAAAUCCAUGCAGUGCGCCAUAAUGGGCCUCUUCUUCUUCUUCUCUGGGAUUGGCUCCUUCAUUGGCUCCGGGCUCUUGGAUCUAGUAUCCCUCCCUGCCAUUGGUUGGCUGAAUUGCCAUCGAGAUCACGGGAGUAUCAACAAUUGCCACAUGGAUUAUUACUUCUACCUGCUGGCUGGCCUCCAGUGUGUGACUCUCCUGCUCUUCAGCUCGCUGACUGUGUGGUACGACAAGGGGCGUGACAAAGUCGGCAAGCGCUGCGUCUGGGGAAGCCAAGGGAAGGCAGGCCGCAGCUCCGAGACCACCCGGGGGGAGGGGAGGCCCUAGGUCCCGGUUUUACGGCCCGCGUCCGCCUCCCCUGACCCCGCCCAACAUCCAGCCCGCAGGGGCGCGAGGAAUAGGAGCAGGAGCAGAGUGCGCCGCCCAUCGAACCUGCUCCGCCAUUCGGUGGAACUGUGGCUGAUUUGGCCUUAAACACCCGACCAUCUCUCUCUCUCACACUCACACUCACACACACACACACACACACACACACACAGUCACACACACUCACACACAUACACUCAACACACACACUCAUGCACACACACUCAC